AAUAGUUUCCACGUUUAAUAAAUUCUGUGCUCGGUGCGGUGUGAAAUUUGUUCCGCUAUAACCUGCUAACAAUAGCUUUGAAUAUCGUUUGAAGAUGCCACCGAAGAAGCUAGUCGAAGUGGAGGCAAAGCCGCUGAUUGGUCGCAUCGGAACAAAUCUUCGUAUAGGCAUAGUCGGAGUGCCGAAUGUUGGCAAAUCAACGUUCUUUAACGUUCUCACGAAAAGUGCAGCACCGGCCGAGAACUUCCCGUUCUGCACUAUUGAUCCGAAUGAAAACAGAGUUUCGGUACCCGACGCUCGGUAUGAUUACCUUUGCGAAUACCACAAACCAGCUAGCAAGGUUCCAGCCUACCUGAAUGUGGUCGACAUAGCUGGUCUAGUGAAGGGUGCGGCCGAGGGGCAGGGCCUGGGCAACGCUUUUCUGUCGCAUAUCAGCGCCUGCGAUGCCAUUUUUCAUCUUUGCCGUGCAUUCGAUGAUUCGGACGUGACGCACGUCGAGGGAGAGGUAGACCCGGUACGCGAUCUUUCCAUCAUCAGCGAAGAACUGCGACUGAAAGAUGAGGAAAAGCUGCUGCAGAACCUUGACAAGCUCGAGAAGCUGGUCACGCGUGGCGGUGACAAAAAGAGCAAACCGGAAUACGAGACACUGGUAAAGAUCAAGGAAGUGCUGGUGGAUGAAAAGAAGCAUAUACGCUUUGCCGACUGGUCCGCGCACGAUAUUGAGGUGCUGAACAAAUAUCUUUUCCUUACAUCGAAACCGUGCAUUUAUCUGGUGAACCUGUCGGACAAGGAUUUCAUCCGAAAGAAGAACAAGUGGUUACUAAAGAUCAAGGAAUGGGUAGACAAGCAUGACCCGGGUGCUCCGAUCAUCCCGUUUUCCGGUGCGUUCGAGCACCAAUUGGCUGAAUUGGAGACCAACGCAGAGCGCACGAAGUAUGAAGAGGAGCGCAAAUGCAAUUCGGUGCUAGACAAGAUCAUUACCACCGGCUACAAGGCACUGCAGCUGGAGUAUUUCUUUACUGCCGGACCGGAUGAGGUAAAAGCAUGGACAAUUCAGCGAGGUACGAAGGCUCCACAGGCGGCUGGACGAAUCCAUACUGAUUUCGAGAAGGGCUUCAUUAUGGCCGAAGUGAUGCACUUCACCGAUUUCAAGGAGGAGGGUAGUGAGGUCGCAGCAAAGUCCGCCGGAAAGUAUCGGCAGCAAGGUCGUAACUAUGUCGUCGAGGAUGGAGAUAUCAUUUUCUUCAAGUUCAAUGCUGGCGCAGGACUGAAAGAUGCGAAGAAAAAGUGAUACCAUCGGGCGGCCACCACUAUUAUCGUUGUCUUUCUAUACAUCAAUAUGAUCUUCUACGCUCAUAUGUUCCUGCCGCAGCUCAGCUAAACACUAUCUCAUCGAUUGUCAUGCAUGAAAUUAGUAAGUUUGGUAAUCAGAAUUGAGAACUAUUGAAAAUACAUA